AUGGGUCCAUCUGCAUCCUCCUGCAGUCCGAGCACACUCUUGAUGAUCAUCGCUCUCUUCGCUUCUUUUGUCAUCCACCCGUCAUCCGCGCUCAACAUCCUCCAAGGAAAUGACGAUGGAUGGGCGGAAUGUAAUAUCAGAACGUUGUAUAAAGUCUUGAAACAACGAGGACAUCAGACCAUCAUCUCUGCGCCGGUGCGAAACAAGAGCGGGACGGGCUCUCGGUCGACGGAGUGGACGCCGUUAAGGGAGCCGGGGGAAUACGACACCGUGCCCGUUGGCGCGCCGGGCGUAGGACCCGACCCAGCCGAUCCCCGGGUCUGGUAUGUCAACGCUUUCCCGCUCGACGGCAUUCGCUUCGGACUCGACACCUUGACUCCGCGUUUUUAUCACGGAAUGCCUGACCUCAUCGUCACUGGUCCUAAUGUCGGAAAGAACACGGGACUUCAGGACCGAUUCUCGGGCACACUUGGAGCGGCGGCGUUUGGCUCGAGACAGGGUGUGGCGGCGAUUGCGAUUUCGGCGGAUGAUGAUAACCGGCACAGUUACCAGACGGGGGAUUCAGAAGAGAAGAGCAGCGAGAUCUAUGCGAAAGCGACGAUGCGAGUGCUGGACGAAUUUAUACUCAAGAUGGAGAACACCGCGGAAGGCCCGCCGAAUGAUUUUGUACCCGCCGGAUGCGUCCUGAACAUCAACCUCCAACGGGCGGGCCCUCAGACGGAUUGUCGCAGCGCCCAGGACUACCGCUUCGUCCUCACUACCAUCUUCGGGAUCAGACAUCAGUCCGGAAUCGACCAUUGCGGCUCCCCCUUCUUGCCCGGCGAACAGGCGGUCCUCGACUCGCAAAACGGCUGUUGGGCGGCCGUUACCCUCAUCCAAUCUCACUCCUUUCUAGACGGCUCUUCUGAGCAAAAACAGGCCCUUUUAGAUCGGGCACCUGAGUUCUUCUCUUGUCCAGCUGAAGAGCUCUUGAAAAAAGAACUCGGGCCAGAGAUGGGAGUAGACAGAGGGACAGAGCCGCUUCCCAGUUUUAAGAAUCCGUCAAAAGAAGAACAAUCUGAUGCAGAUGAUGAUGAUGACAAGGAGGAGAAAAGGCUCUACUUCCAACCCGGAAAUAUCUCUGGUUAA